AAAAAAACCAGAAAAAAAGUGACCGAUCACCACGACCCACGCGUCUAUAUUUAUACGUAUCAUCCUCCUCACAGAUCAUCAUAAGCCUAGUAAAUUCAUUCCUCCAUUUUCGCUUCUUCCCUGUUCUCUGCAUUUCCUGUCCGAAAUUCGAGAUUAAUCGUCAAACAUUCUACAUAUAAAAUUUGAUUUUUGAGAAGCAAGAGGAGUGUUAUGGGAGACGAAACCAAUUCUCAAAUUAAAGUGGUCUCUGGCCCUGCUGGUUAUGUCCUCGAAGAUGUUCCUCACUUGAAUGAUUACAUUCCCGAUCUCCCUACUUAUCCCAAUCCACUGCGAUCCAAUCCUGCAUAUUCAGUUGUGAAGCAGUAUUUUGUUCAUGUGGAUGAUAGUGUACCCCAAAAGAUUGUUGUUCACAAGGAGAGUCCAAGAGGAAUACAUUUUCGGCGUGCUGGACCUCGGCAAAAGGUGUAUUUUGAUGCAGAUGAGGUGCAUGCUUGUAUUGUCACAUGUGGUGGUUUAUGCCCUGGGCUGAACACUGUGAUCAGGGAACUUGUAUGCAGCCUCUAUCACAUGUAUGGCGCCACCAAAGUCCUUGGGAUAGAUGGAGGAUAUAGGGGUUUCUAUUCACGAAACAGUAUUACUUUAACCCCGAAGGUUGUAAAUGACAUUCAUAAACGUGGUGGUACAAUUAUUGGAACGUCACGAGGAGGGCAUGAUACCUCAAAGAUAGUUGAUAGCAUUCAAGACCGUGGGAUUAACCAGGUUUAUAUAAUUGGAGGGGAUGGAACUCUAAAAGGAGCUGCUGCAAUCUUUCAGGAAGUUAGACGACGUGGUCUUAAAGUUGCAGUUGUGGGAAUCCCCAAAACAAUUGAUAAUGACAUUCCGGUCAUUGACAGGUCAUUUGGCUUUGAUACUGCUGUUGAGGAAGCUCAGCGAGCCAUCAAUGCUGCGCAUGUUGAAGCUGAAAGUACUGAGAAUGGUGUUGGUGUAGUGAAGCUAAUGGGCCGCGACAGUGGCUUCAUUGCAAUGUAUGCUACACUUGCCAGCCGAGAUGUGGACUGUUGUUUGAUUCCAGAAUCACCCUUCUUUCUGGAAGGAAAGGGUGGACUUUUUGAAUACGUGGAAAAAACGCUCAAAGAAAAUGGGCACAUGGUUAUUGUGAUAGCUGAAGGAGCCGGACAGGAGUUCCUUUCAGGGAGCUUGCAGCCUGGGGAAGAGAGAGAUCCUUCUGGGAACAGGCAACUCCAAGAUGUUGGGUUGUGGAUUUCUAAUAGGAUCAAGGAACAUUUUGCAAAACGAAAUAAGAUGGUUCUUACUCUUAAAUAUAUAGAUCCUACAUACAUGAUCCGGGCUAUUCCAAGCAAUGCAGCUGACAAUGUGUAUUGUACACUCCUUGCUCAAAGUGCUGUUCAUGGAGCUAUGGCUGGGUACACAGGCUACACAAGUGGGCUUGUUAAUGGCAGACAAACUUAUAUUCCUUUCAAUCGUAUCACUGAGAGACAAAACAAGGUUGUGAUAACCGACAGGAUGUGGGCAAGGCUCCUAUCUUCAACCAAUCAACCGAGCUUCUUGGGUCCCAAAGAGAUGGCUGAAGCCAUAAAAGAGGAAGAGCCUCCAACCAGCUUGUUGGAUGGGGAGAAUUGUCAAGAUGCCCAUUCAGGAACAAUGUUCAAGUCUACAGCUCUGUUAGGAUGCCUCGACUGCAUGAAGUGAACUUUGUUAUUGGAAGUUUAUAUGUAUUAAAUUUUGUAUCUUGUUGAACAAAAUCUGAUGUUCAAGAUUCUUCAUAUGGUGGCCAUAGAAAUAUGAUAUGGAAGUGUUUUUUGGUGUUUGAAGACACUUUGGAAUUGUUUCUAGCAAA